GGUAGAGGAAAACACAGAUUACCUCUGAGGAAUGUGUUGGUACACUGCUGAUUGAGUGGGGGUGACACGGGUUGAGAGAUGGAGAGAGGGGAAGGUCAGGAAAACAAGCAGGGGUCUGUCUAAUCUGGCCCUCCUCCUUAUCCCCCAUCCUGUUUACCUGCUAAAGAGUUGAAAGGAGCUCUGUGUGUGUGUGUUCAUGUAUGAGGGGUAGGGAGAGUAGAAAAAGGGGACUGCCAUCACUGCACCUCCUUCUCAAGAGACGGCAUACAGAUAAAAAGCCGAGCGUAAAACAAGGCCUUUGGAUCAUAAGGUGCGUUCACUUACACACAGACAUGCCUUACAAACUCUGGCUUUCUCUCUCAGUGUGGCUUUUGCUGCCAACCUCUGAAGCUGGAAGGCAGAUGCCUAAACUCUCUGACAAGAAACUCUGCGCUGAUUCCGAAUGCAGCCAUCCUAUCUUGAUAGCUCGUGCACUGCAGGACUACUACCCUGGAGACUGCAGAUUCAUCCCCAUCAGACAGGGACAGCUCAUCUAUGUGUACGCAAUGCUGAAGGACAGAGGGAACCUCUUCUGGGCCGGCAGUGUACAAGACUCCUAUUACGGACAGCAGGAGGCUCGCAUCGGCCACUUCCCCAGCAGUGUCGUGGAGGAGACUCAUCCUCUCAUGCCAGCCAGCACCGAGGUCAAGUCUACUAAAUGGGACUUCUACUGUAACUGAUGUUGCCUUUUCCGAUAAAGAGAACAACAUUCUUGUCAACUACAUUACAAGAUAACUCACAUAUGAUCUUACACACAUUAUUGACAAUAUGUAGGUUUUCUUAUCCACAAUCUGCACCUUAGAAGAUAUUACCGGCUCUGCACAACAACGUAUGAUUCUAGAUUGCAAUUAGAUUUCAUAAUUAAGGUUUCCAAGCGCUGAAGAAAGGACUGUUGCUGCUCAACUCUCUAUAUUUUACUUGUCUGUUUUAUUCUCUGUAAUACUCCAUCUUGCUGUUUAUAUAUGUUUUGCAGAUGUUAAAAGUAUUUGUCAAAUUGAAAAAAGUUAGUUGUGUUUUAAAAAGAGACAAAGAUGAAUUGAGCAUGUCUUUUUUCUGAUUCACGCAAUUUGUAUAACUUUUUCUUGAUGAUUGUGUGACACAAAAGAAGCUGAUCUUUUAAUUUGUGGUGCAUUGAAAACAUUGAACAAUGAAGCAGACUUUUGUAGUAAAGCAAUAUACUACAAAUCAAAAAACUUUUCAGAAGAUGGACUUUAAAGAAUGACACUGAAAUAAGGCACCUGGACUUAUUUUUGAAAGAACGAUUAUUAUUACGAAAGUCUAUACCUGACAAAACAAAUAAAAACCUCUAUGCAUAAUAUGUGAUAUGAGACGGUUAUUGUUUUAAAGUGUGUAGGAUUUAGGGGGGAUCUAUUAGCAAAAAUGGAAUAUAAUAUUCAUAACUAUGUAUUCAUUUGUGUAUAAUCACCUGAAACUAAGAAUCG